UGCCCCGCCACGCCGUCUCGGCCCCAAACGUGCGUCCGAGAUCCGCAAGCUGUUCAACCUGAGCAAGGAGGACGACGUAAGCAGCCAUGUCGUCAAGCGCGUGCUGCCGCCCAAGGAGGGCAAGGAGAAUGCCAAGCCCAGAUCAAAGAAAGAAUGGCAGAGAAUUUUGCCAACUGUCACGCGAGAAGGCAGGCACAACUGAACGGGGCCGCGCGACCGACCAGACGUAAUCGCGAAGCACAACUCGUCCGAGCGACGGCAGUCAAUAAUAACAUGCGGGCUCUGGAAGCCGGCAUCAUCACGCUGCGAUACUUCCUGGUCGCCGUCAGCGCUCGCAUAAACGUCGGCGAAGUGGUCGCAGACCCUGACGUCCCGGAGAUGGCCGAGGAGAUCGAGGUGGCGGACUGGGACGAGGAAGUGCCUGACGCCGAGGUGGAGGUGUUGCUGCCCCCCGCGCCACCCGCGGCCCCCGCACCCGCGCCCCCCGCGGCCCCCUCGCCCCCUGCCCCCGCCCCCGCCGCCACGCGCUGCGGUAUAUGCCUGGAGCAGCCACCCACGCGCGUGCUCAUACCUUGCGGGCACGUAUUAUGUGACCCGUGUCUCGUGGGAGUACAGCAGGCUUCCGGAGCUAACCGAUGUCCAUAUUGCAGGAGUCAUAUUGGCUCCUGCAUUAACAUAUAUUUAUAAGGGGCGAAGGGGGCCAGUGACGGUCUAGCGCCGUCGAGCCGUGGGCUCAAAAGCCUAUGAAUAAUGGAACCCACAUUUGGAUGGAGCACGCGAUUGCAGCCUUCGUGAAGAUUUCAUUAAACAAUGGAACUGAGUCAACUGACAAUCAGCUCAUCAAUUUUAUCAUCAGUAUGGCAAGGGCGCCGCGCUGACAAGUCGCAAGCCAUCGCUGAGUCGCUCGUCAAUAUAAGGACUUCCACAUACUUAUUAAUUAUUCUAUUUAAUACUUUUACGACUCAUUGUGAACCAUAUGAUAGUUUAAAUUAUUUUAUAUUUACAGGGACCACUGGCCUGUGACUGCUGAGUGCAGAGCCACCGAGUCAUCGUAAAAUUUAGUAUGGUUUUUUUUACUUUUCUAUCUUUGACGUAGAAGUAUAAAAUAACUGAACUAAACACUCUUUUAGUCCAGUUAUAUAUAUUUCUUAAUUUAAGUAUGUUUUUGAAAUUUUUUUAAGUUUAUUUUAUUUUUGUCUAUGUUAAAAAACAUAAAUAACUGAACUACACUUAGUCCAAGUAUGUAUGUUUUUUAAACGUCUGUGGAGGGUGGGUGGUGGGGAGCCACAUCAGCACGGGAAGCAUGGUCGCGCGAUAAAUGAUAAAACAUCUGGCCGUCCCUAUCGCACUUACUGAUAGUGCGAUAGGGACGGCCUGAUAUUUUAUCGUCUAUCGCGCGACCAUGCUUCCCGUGCAGGAAACCUCCUCGAGAGCCUAGGCACUUCUAAUUCCUCUUGAUCCGAUUGAUCAGCUGGCAUCUGAAGGGUCUUGGCCGGUGCGCCCUGGGGGUAACGGUAAAUAAUUAUUGUCGUGACAUACGAGGAUAUUGCUUACCGAUGCCGCUAAUGUCCUGAUCCUGA